UGUAAACAGAGAAGAAAUGGCUAUGGCUACUUGUACUCAGCUAUCUUCUUCUUCGCCUUUGUUUCACCCUCAAAUUACCAAAAAGCGCUUCCUUAUCCCGUCGCCGGCGACGAUCAGCGUUCAUGGGUUCUCUACACUUAGGCCAAAGUCUCUCUCUUUAUCCCAUCGUUGUUCAGUCUCGGCUUCGGCUGCUUCCUCCACCGUCGACGUCAAUGAGCCAGUGAAGAAAUCAGUGAGAACACUUCCGUUUAGAGUGGGUCACGGGUUCGAUCUGCACAGGUUAGAGCCAGGGUACCCUCUGAUAAUCGGAGGGAUUGAUAUCCCUCACGAUAGAGGCUGCGAAGCUCACUCUGAUGGGGAUGUGUUACUCCAUUGUGUAGUGGAUGCGAUCUUGGGAGCGUUAGGGCUUCCUGAUAUAGGCCAGAUCUUCCCUGACUCUGAUCCUAAAUGGAAAGGAGCUGCUUCCUCUGUCUUCAUCAAAGAAGCUGUGAGACUCAUGGACGAGGCAGGGUACGAGAUAGGAAACCUAGACGCCACAUUGAUUCUACAGAGACCGAAGAUUAGUCCUCACAAAGAGACAAUACGAUCCAAUCUCUCCAAGCUUCUUGGUGCAGAUCCUUCUGUUGUGAACUUGAAAGCUAAAACACAUGAGAAAGUUGAUAGCCUUGGAGAAAACAGAAGCAUUGCAGCUCACACUAUUAUCCUCCUCAUGAAGAAGUGAAUCAGAUUAAUCAUAUUCCUUAAAUUAUCAAUCUCAUUAAAAGAAAAUACUACUAAUAUAAAUUGACACUUGGUGUAAUCACCCUUUUGAACCUUAUUAAUCCCCUCUUAAAAACAAUGAAAAUCGAAU